AUGCAUAAGAAUACUAGAUACUUUCAUCAAGUAGCCUCAGCUAUAAGGAGGAACAACAAAAUUGAUGCACUUUUAAUUAAUGGGAGGUUGAUACAGAAUCAGGCUAGGAUUAAGGUUGUGAUUAGAGAAUUCUAUAAGGAUUUGUAUCGGCAAGAAUAUGUUUUCAUGAUCGGCUUUCAAGAAGGGAUGGUAAAGAAGAUUGAUGGAGAAGAGGCUACAGCAAUGAAAGUAAUGCUCUCUAUUGAAGAAAUUAAAAUGGCAGUUUGGGAUUGUGAGUCAACUAAAGCUCCAGGCAAUGAUGGAUAUAACAUGAACUUUAUCAAAAAGUGUUGGAAUGAGAUUGGUAAGAAAUUCGCUGCAACUAUAAUAAUGUUCUUCCAAAGUGCCAAAUUACCAACGGAUGCAAAGGUAAUAUCAAAGGUAUUGGUGAGAAAGAUGAGAUUGGUGAUGCCUGGUUUAGUGGGAGAGACACAGAGUGCAUUUGUGAAGGGACAGAAAAUACACGACAAAGCACUCAUUGCAUGUGAAACGGUUCAAUGA